AUGGGACGCAAUGAGUGGCUGGGGCCUGGAGGUAUGUGGGCUGUCUUGAAGCUGGGCUAUGUUGACGCUCAGUUAAAAGAAAGUUAUCUUAAUCGUGAGUUUUUGGGGUCUUUGUCGAAUGAACUGAGUAUUCUUUUUGCGAUCGAAAGACCCACAUUUAUUUCAGCUGCAGUUUCCUGUAAAACUCAAUGUGGAGGAGAUCGACGAUGCAUAGGACUGGAGAUCUGUCAAAUUCAGGAACAUCUGUAUCAGUGCAGAGCUUGCUGUGGUUGGAAGAAGCUCGGACAAGAAAUGGCUAACAAGAACCUAGCGGACUGUGGAUAUUUUCAGAUGGUGGAUGAUAACCAUAAAAGAUAUGUAAAUGUUGCAGUUGGAAAGCCGACAUCCAUGAGCUCUACCAUUAACAACUAUCAAUUGCCAAGAAAUGCAGUGGACGGUGUCGUUCUGUGUCGUUUGAUUGACCUUUCCCACUCAAGAAGUGAACAGAAUCCCUGGCUCAAAAUAGAUCUCCAAGGGUUGUUUGAUAUUCUGAGUGUAUUGAUCUACGCCAGGCAAGACUGCUGUGGUACGUUACGAAAGAUACUGCCAUGUAAUGUCUCUUGUGUUUCAAAGUUAAUCACAACUGAUGAAUUGCUCAUCCUAAUCAUUUAA